AUGCUCACGUUGCUGCUGCCAGUCAUAAACAAAGAUGGCAACGUUACACCUGAGUCUCCGCACUAACGUCCCCAAACUACACAUCUAUACUCUACGACAUGUUAAUUUAAGUGAUACAGUGGAUACUAUUAUACAAAAAGCAGCUACUGAGAGCAAGACGACACCUGACAAGAUACAAUUAAUUCACCAGGGUGUGGUUCUCAAAGCCUCUGACACACUCAAGGAUGCAGGAGUAGCAUCUGGUGACCUGAUCCACUGUCUACCUAAAUCAGAGGAUCAACCUCCAAUAGCAGUGCCACUGAGUCUCCCAGAGGUACAGACACUCCUGGUAUCCUUGAGGAAUGUUGCAGCUAGCCCCAAUUUCCGUGAUUUUAUCCAGAAACUACGAGGUCCUGAAAUGGUAGAGAAAAUAUUAUCGUCUUGCCCCAUUGCUCGUAGUGAACCUGCAGCUCUUGCCAUGCUGCAAGAUCCAGAACUCUUCAUGGACCUCACCAAUCCAGAGAAUCUUAGCACAAUAGUUGAUGCUCAGCCGGCUGUUGGAAGAGUUGCCCAGUAUGUGGCAUCUUUAAUGACCAGCGAAACCAUGUCCCCUCGUCGCUCUCACCACGUCUCGUACUCCAUGGACGCUCUUUCUGAUGAUGAUGAAAUGGAUGCAGACCAGUCGGAAGACUCAACUAGUGGGAGCCGGGCGAGUGGCUCAAUACCUUUUCAGCCAAUUACACCAGCCCAACUUGCUGCAGCCCUCGCCAGUGCCACUGGUAACAGCAACAAUGGCAGCACCAAUAGACUUCCUACCAGUGCCCCUCGCAGUAUUCCUACUACACCCUCAGCAGCAACCACCACCCCCUUCAAUACUCCAGCACCCUCAGCUGGUGCUCCUGCAGCCCCAGGUCCCAUCACCCAUGAAAUGUUCAGUAAUGCCUUACAGAAUGCAUUGGCUGCAUCUGCAAGUCGGGCUUCAGGUCCUUCUUCCUCCUCCUCGUCAUCAGGCCCUCCAUCUGCCAGCAUUCAGAUCCCAAAUCUUGAGGAGUCUCUGCAGCUGAUGAGGGAGAUGGGUAUCCCAGAUGAAGACCUUAGUCGGCAAGCCUUACAAGCUACAAAUGGAGAUGUACAAGCUGCCGUAAAUCUCAUAUUCGCUCAGUGGAUGGCAGACGACUAGGUAGCUCAUUCAAGUACCACAAGUACAAUAAACCCUUCAAUAGCACAGCGUCAAUUAUACACAAUCAGUUAAUUGUUACCAUUUUUUAUGCACUGUAUCAACUCACUUAGAUAUACUGUAGUUCAGCAUGGUGACCAAAUGGACCUGGAAUGUUUUUUCCUACUAAAUGUCCUUCCCUGGCACCAACCAACGUUAACUCCCCACCUACACACCACGCCACACACUUCAGUUCUAUUAUAGACUAUUGACCUGUAACCAUCAUAUGCUUCACACUUUAUUAUAACCUGAUAUCCUUGUCCACCAUUAUCUUAGAGGAAGAAGAUUAAAAAGUAGGGCUAAAAUGAGUCUACAAUGUGGACAGUGAAGAUUGGUUAUUUCUUGUUAGAAUGUGAUGAAAUCACGAAGAAAGUUGCCUUUAGAAGAGAAUUGUUGUAAUGGGGACAUUUAUCCAUAGUGGGUCACAUAUAUACUGUCCAGCUUAUAAGUUCUACCUUUCCUGUAGUCAAUCAUGGGAAUCUAAACCUCUAACCCCUAUUUCCCAAAAGCCCAAAGUAUUUUUUUAUGGGGUUUCACUUUGUACGGUGUGUUCCAGGACCCUACCUAACCCCUGUGUAGAUUGAGGGUUUACUGUACUGUACACACAAUUAUAAAAGAGUAAGAUCUGGUAAAGUUUAAAUUAUAUGUUUGCAUUGUUAGUGUGAACUGACCUUACUUUUCCUUAUUUCCCUUAAGAAUGAAAUCAUAUUUCCUUUAAAAUAUUCCUAAAGAUAUUUCAUAUACGUACUUCAGAUUGUGCCGAAGACAUUUAUAAAUGUUUACCUGACAGCAUCUCAUUGUCUUCAUCAAGAAAAAUAAAAAAUGGCUUUCA